AAAUGAAUGAAUAAUUUCGAAAGUUUCUAUUAAAUCAAGAAAAACCAGAAGUAUAAUAAAAGAAAUCAGAGAAUGUACCAGCAAUAAGAUUGAAAUAAUAAUCUAAAAGAAAGACUAAUGUAGAUUUAGGUUAAGAGACUUUUGUUUAAAAGAAGAUAAAAUAAGAUGAAAAGGAAGAUAAGAAACAACCUAAUUUAAUGGAAAAAUUAUAAAUGAAUCCUAUUGAUUUAGUAAAAUGCACUAAAUAAUACUCAUAUGGCAAUUAUAAAAAAUAUUACCAUUUAAGAUUACAACAAAAGUGGGAAGAUCCAAGAUUAACAGUUUUAGAUAGUUGUUAUUUUGCUGAUAAAUCAAUUUUAGAUAUAGGUUGUAAUGAUGGAACAUUGACUUUAUUAAUAGCACUUAAGUAUAAAAUUGAUUAUUAUUAAGACAUUAUCCAAAAUUGAUUAGAGGAAUAGAUAUUGAUUAUACAUUGAUUAAUAAAGCAAUUGAAUAAAUGGUUCAUUUAGAUGAUUAAUAAAAGAAAAUUUAGAAAUAAGAGUUUAAACCAAUUAUUGAGGAUUUACCAGUGAGUUUUGAAAAAUAUAUGGAAUAACCUAGUUAUUAUUAAUAAUAAUAUUAGUAUCUAAAGCUAUAGAAUAAUAGUACAUUAAUUAGGCAAUUGAAGAUGUGAAUAAAUAAUAAAAGGAAAGCAGUAUUUUUAUUUAAUUAUAUAGCAAAGGACAAUACAUUUCCACAUAAUGUUUAUUUUCGAGUUUAAAAUAUUAUUGGUAAUAGAAAGUAUGAUGAGAAGUAUGAUACAAUAUUAUGUUUAUCAAUAACGAAAUGGAUUCAUUUAAAUUUUGGAGAUAUUGGUAUCAAGAGAUUAUUUAAGACUAUAAUUAAUUCUUUAAAUGUAGGUGGUCAUUUGAUUUUAGAACCUCAAGAAUGGAAGAGUUAUAAAAAGAAGAAAUACUAUAGUCCUGAAUUUAAGUAGAAUUAUAAGGAGAUAUAAUUAAAACCGCAUGAUUUCUCUAAAAUAUUAGAGUAAGAAUACAAUUUGAAAUUAAUUUAAACAAUAAAUCCAGAUGAUGAAAGUGCAAUUAAGAAAUCUAAGAGUACAUUUAGAAGACCAAUAAUGAUUUUUUUAAAACAGAAUGAGAAAUCGAAUUAAUGA